CAACAUCUUCUUACGCCAGUAGUUGCUGAGGCCCAAAGCCACGCGUCCCUCACGAAGAUCAGUUUUAGCCGUUGCUGCUGUACUCGUACUUGGGUCUUGCGUGUCCAUCCGUUCGGACCCAGAGGAUUGACGGGGAGUCUCAGUCACCUUCCCGAGCAUCUGGGCUGCAAGGAGACUCAACGAUUCGCUCCAAACAUGUCGAGCAGCACUAGCUUCCCUUUCUGUGGAAGCCGCAGGCUGGCUCCCUGUCAGUAGUUGUGGUGCCAAGAUUCCGGUUCUUUUUACGCAACUUGCUGAAGUUGCUUUUUCAGGGGAAGGCAGGACCGACAGGAAAGGUUCUAUUUCACCUACUGGUCCUCCACCUCAGGGGAACGAUGGCCACAGAGUCCACAGCCACUGCCGCCAUCGCCGCGGAGUUGGUUUCCGCCGACAAAAUUGAAGAAGAUGUUCCCGCUCCUUCAACCUCUGCAGAUAAAAUGGAGAGUCUUGAUGUGGAUAGUGAAGCUAAGAAACUCUUGGGUUUAGGACAGAAACAUCUGGUUAUGGGAGACAUUCCAGCAGCUGUCAAUGCGUUCCAGGAAGCAGCCAGUCUUUUAGGUAAGAAGUAUGGAGAAACAGCUAAUGAAUGUGGAGAAGCCUUCUUUUUUUACGGGAAAUCACUUCUAGAAUUGGCAAGAAUGGAAAAUGGUGUAUUGGGAAACGCCUUAGAAGGUGUGCAUGUGGAAGAGGAAGAAGGAGAUAAAACAGAAGAUGAAUCUCUGGUAGAAAAUAAUGAUAACAUAGAUGAGGAAGCAAGGGAAGAGUUGAGAGAACAGGUUUAUGACGCCAUGGGAGAAAAAGCAGCAGCCAAAAAACCAGAAGACAAGUGUCUGGAAAGGCCUGAAACUGAAAAAGAGCAAGAGAGUAUAAUGGAGAAGGGUGGAAGAGAAGAUAUGGACAUAAGUGAGCCUGCAGAGGAGCUACAGGAGAAAGUUGAAUUGACUCCAGAUCAGUUAACUGAAACCUCUGAAGAGGCAGAAGGAACAGCAGCAACAGGACUGAAUGAAGCUUUUGGGAAGGCAGAACAGGAAGCACCAUAUGCUGAGGAAGGAAAAUCAGUUUCUGGAGCUGACAUCCAGGAAGAAGAGUACAGAAAAAGAGGUGGUCAGGAAAAACAGAGAGAGGUCAUUGUGAGCAUAGAGGAGAAGCCAAGAGAAACUGCAGAAGAACAGCCUGUUGUGACUCUAGAAAAGCAGGGUACUGCAGUGGGGUCGGAAGCAGAGCCGGUAGAAGCGACAGUUAAGCCAGCGAAUGUGGGUGGGGAUGAGCCAAAGGAAAAAGCAGUUACCUCUGAAAAUGAGCCAGGAAAGGGUGUUCUUGAGAAGCUGAUGGAAAAAGAAGUGCUUCCUGCUAAAGAGUCACUGGAGGUGACGGUACAGGCUUCGUCUUCAGAGGUGUUGGCUGCAGAGGCUGGAUCAGAAGUCUCUGAAAAGCCUGGGCAGAUUACAGUUCUUCCUAAGGAUGGUACAGUCAGUGCACUGUCAGCUGCAGGAGAUCAGACUCCUACUGAACCACAGACUUCUGCAGAGACCCUGACAGAUAUAAAAGAUGGCUCAGGAGUAGAGGAGGUUAGGGAAGACCUGGUUCCUAGUCAGGAGGAAGCUAAGCUGCCUGUAGAAGAGUCUAAGGCAGCUGGAGAUGGGGUUGAGACCAAGGUAGCCCAGGUGGCUACUGAGAAAUCACCUGAAGACAAAGUUGAGAUAGCUGCUAAUGAAGAGACACAAGAGAGAGAAGAACAGAUGAAAGAGGGUGAAGAAAUUGAAGGUUCAGAAGAAGAGGAUAAAGAAAAUGACAAAGCUGAAGAAACACUAAACAGUUCAACUCUUGAAAACAAAUCUCUUCAAGAAAAUGAAGAGGAGGAGAUUGGGAACCUAGAACUUGCCUGGGACAUGCUGGAUUUAGCAAAGAUCAUUUUUAAAAGGCAGGAAACAAAAGAAGCCCAGCUUUAUGCUGCACAGGCACAUCUUAAGCUUGGAGAAGUUAGUGUUGAAUCUGAGAACUAUAUUCAAGCUGUGGAAGAGUUCCAGGCUUGCCUAAGCUUGCAGGAGCAGUACCUAGAUGCCCAUGACCGUCUCCUUGCAGAGACCCACUACCAGCUGGGCUUGGCCUAUGGCUACAACUCUCAGUAUGAUGAGGCGGUGGCACAGUUCAGCAAAUCUAUUGAAGUCAUUGAGAAGAGAAUGGCUAAACUAAAUGAACAGAUGAAAGAAGCUGAAGGAUCACCUACUGAAUAUGAGAAAGAAAUCGAGGAGCUGAAAGAAUUGCUACCUGAGAUUAGAGAAAAGAUAGAAGAUGCAAAGGAGUCCCAGCGUAGUGGGAAUGUAGCUGAAUUGGCUCUGAAAGCGACCCUGGUGGAGAGCUCUACCUCAGGUUUUACCUCCAGUGGAGGAGGUUCUUCAGUCUCCAUGAUUGCCAGUAGAAAGCCGACAGACGGUGCUUCCUCAUCAAAUUAUGUGACUGAUAUUUCCCACCUUGUCAGAAAAAAGAGGAAACCAGAGGAAGAAAGCCCCCGGAAAGAUGAUGCAAAGAAAGCCAAACAAGAGCCGGAGGUGAAUGGAGGCAGUGGGGAUGCUGUCUCCAGUGGAAACGAAGUUUCAGAAAACAUGGAGGAGGCUGAGAAUCAGGCCGAAAGCCGGGCAGCAGUAGAGGGGACAGUGGAGGCUGGAGCUACAGUUGAGAGCACUGCAUGUUAAGAAAGGGAGCAGAGCCUUCCUCCCAAGGGAAAGUGUUUUUGUAUAUAAUGUAUUUUUUCACUUUUGGGGGAUUCUUUUUGUAUAACUUCAAUAAAGAUUGUAAGCAAAGUUUGUGGCUUUGAAGCUUUUCUUAAAUAUGGGCUGAAUUUGUGCCUUGGAAAACUCCAAGUUUUAUAUAGUGGCCAAAGGUACCUUUUUUUUUGUUUUCUUAAUUUUGGCCUUCUCUACUUAUCUGUUUAAGUUCAAAUCCCAGUUCCUGACUUCACAUGGAAGUGAUCAAAUCAAGUGCGGCCAUAGGCCCUUCAUCCUCCAGUGGUGCUGUAUCCUUUCUGUUUUCAAAUAUUUGAACCUAGUGGCUGACCCUGCUUGGUUAAAAAACAGGACUUGAAAGUCUUCUUUGGUGCUGAAAAUGGAUGAUGGACUUUGGCUGCGAGCCAGGCUUGGGUGGCAUCCAUCUUCGGUUCACUUAGUCUCCAACUGGGGUUGUAAUCCUGGCCUGGAGGAGAAAAACAAACUGAAGAAAACCGAGGAAAACGGUUUGUGUAAUUGUACAGAAUUGCGCUCUGGUUUGGAGGGGACUGAGGAAACUGAUGUUGAGGAAUACUUUGAAUAUGGUUGGAAGAAUCUGUGAAGGCUGGCUGGCUUAGAUUUAUUUUGUGUAUAGAAAGGUUGGAAUAUAGCAACACUGGAAUUGUUAUGCUGUCUGUAAUUUUGACUUUUCAAAUAAAGAUACUUUACAUCUCUUGA